CAACCUGCAUUCUCUAUGGACGGUGACUAUGUUAUUGGGGGUGUUUUCUCCAUACACUACCAAAUGCAAACCAUGAAGCAUAACUACACCACCAUGCCUGAGCCACUAAGAUGCACAGGGAGCAUCGACUACCGUGAACUGCGCUUCUCACGUGCAAUGGUCUUCGCCAUCGAUCAGAUUAACAACAGCACGGAGCUGCUUCCGGGCAUCAAGCUUGGUUAUGAGAUCUACGACUCUUGUGCCUCGGUGUCCGUGGCGGUGCAUGUUGCAUUUCAGCUUUCAGGGGGCCUGGACCCGGUGUUUAAUACCGGCGACAAAUGCUCGCAGUCUGGUAUGUUGAUGGCCAUCGUUGGUGAGUCUGGGUCCACGCCAUCCAUCAGUAUGUCGCGCAUCAUCGGGCGCUUCAACAUUCCUCAAGUGAGCCACUUUGCCACGUGUGCAUGCCUGUCUGACAAGCAGCAAUACCCGAGUUUCUUCAGAACAAUCCCGAGUGAUCAAUUCCAGGCUGACGCGCUGGCCAAGCUGGUUAAACACUUUGGCUGGACUUGGAUAGGUGCGGUCCGGUCAGAUUCGGACUAUGGUAACAAUGGAAUGGAGUCUUUCCUGCAUGCAGCACGUAAAGAGGGGAUCUGUGUGGAAUACUCUGAGUCUUUCCAUCGGAUUCAACCACGUAGCCGGAUUGAGAGAGUAGCUGACGUUAUCCGCAGGUCAACGGCUAAGGUUGUGGUGGCAUUUACUUCCCCUGGAGACAUGAGGAUUCUGCUGGAGGUGCUGUCCAGCAAGCCUUCUCCACCUCGCCAGUGGAUAGGUAGUGAGUCCUGGGUAACCGACCCAGACAUGCUGAGGUUCAGUUUCUGUGCUGGAGCCGUAGGAUUUGGCAUUGAACAAUCUGUCAUCCCAGGUCUGAGGGACUUCUUGCUGGAUCUCUCUCCCUCUAAAGUGGCUGCCUCCCCAUUGCUUACCAAGUUCUGGGAGGAAGCAUUCAACUGCAGGCUGGUAAAAAGUGCAGCCACAGACAGGAGUGUGUGUGAUGGAACUGAAGACAUAAAGACGCUCCAGAGCUCAUACACUGACACAUCUCAGCUUCGAAUCACUAACAUGGUGUACAAGGCUGUUUAUGCAAUAGCGCAUGCUAUUCAUAACGCAGUGUGUCAGAAAACAGAUUCUACUCCACUGUGUGAUAAGUUCACUAAGCUAGAGCCCAAAGAGGUUCUUAAUCAGCUGAAAAAAGUAAAUUUUUCCCAAAAUGGUUAUGAUGUGUCAUUUGAUGCCAACGGGGAUCCUGUGGCCACAUACGAGCUGGUAAACUGGCAAAUAAAUGAGAAUGGCAGCAUUGAGUUGGUGACUGUGGGGCAAUACGAUUCAUCGCUGCCGGUGGGCCAGGAGUUUCUUAUCAACAGGAACCUCACCUGGGUGGAGGGUGGUACACAAGUGCCUGUGUCAGUGUGCACCGACAGCUGUCCUUCAGGAACUCGUAAAGUGCUUCAGAAAGGAAAACCCAUCUGCUGUUAUGAUUGUAUACCAUGUCCUGAGGGAGAGAUAAGCAAUGCUACAGAUUCCUUUGAUUGUUUCCCUUGCCCAAAGGAAUUCUGGCCUAAUGCAAAGAGAGAUACGUGUCUUCCCAAACCCGUAGAGUUUCUUUCCUUCAACGAAGCCCUUGGAAUCGUCUUGGCUGCUUUUUCAAUCGGUGGUGCCGUUCUAGCCAUUAUAACAGCGGCUGUGUUCUAUCGUCACAGGACAUCACCAAUAGUCAGGGCCAACAACUCUGAGCUGAGCUUCUUGCUGCUAUUCUCCCUGACUCUAUGUUUCCUAUGUUCAUUAACUUUCAUUGGAGCACCCUCGGAGUGGUCCUGCAUGCUGCGACACACAGCGUUUGGGAUCACAUUUGUCCUCUGCAUGUCCUGUGUUCUUGGAAAAACUAUAGUAGUUUUGACGGCCUUCAAAGCUACACUUCCAGGUAGUAAAAUGAGGAAAUGGUUUGGGCCCUCACAGCAAAGAUUGACUGUAGUGUCUUUCACGUUUAUUCAAGUUUUGAUAUGUGCUAUUUGGUUAGUUCUUAGUCCGCCUUUUCCAAUGAAAAACCUAACCACAUACAAGGAGAGAAUCAUCCUGGAGUGCGCAUUAGGAUCAUCUUUGGGGUUCUGGGCUGUACUUGGGUAUAUAGGCUUACUGGCUGUCUUCUGCUUUGUGUUAGCUGUCCUAGCUCGGAAACUACCUGAUAACUUCAAUGAAGCCAAGCUUAUCACAUUCAGCAUGUUGAUAUUCUGUGCAGUCUGGAUCACCUUUAUCCCAGCAUAUGUCAGUUCUCCUGGGAAAUUUACUGUGGCUGUGGAGAUAUUUGCCAUUCUGGCCUCCAGUUUUGGGCUAAUUAUUUGUAUAUUUGCUCCAAAAUGUUUCAUUAUUUUAUUUAAGCCUGAGAAAAACACAAAGAAACAUUUAAUGAGCCGGGGCUUGGAAAAAAUGUAGAUGGCUUUAUAAAGCUUAUACUGUGCACAUUCAACAUAGUCUUUCCUUGUUGAUUUAAAUAUUCCUAUUGGAGUUUCGUUUAUGCUCAAUGUUUUACUAAUUGUAAUGUCAUUUUGAAAUGACUAAUAGCCUAUUUUACAAAGACAUUUUCAUCAGGUGCUGAGAAUAGUACUUAAUUGACAUUUCCCCAAAAAUAUUAAAUACAGUAUAGUCAAAACAAAGCUGAUUAAAUUCCUAAAACCUUUAUUGCCAAGCGGAAAAUACAAAUCCCUUAGUCCACAAAUCCUUCAACAAGUUCUUAAAAUUUGUUUGAAAUUCCAAAUAAU